AUGUUGAUGGUGCCUGGAGCUUAUAACCAACUUGCCCAUCUUUACAUCAAUGCAAAUGAAGAAGAAACGAAAUUAUGGCUCACCAAAUUUCUUGUACUCCACGCUUUGAUUGCAUUCAGUGUGGCCGAUGUCAGUCACUUAAGUCGUCAAUAUUUGCCGCCUGCUGCUGCAGCUCAACGUUUAGAUCAGAAAAUACAGCCGCAGCAACAGGUGCAACAUGAUGAAGUGCUGCUUGACGAAGCCACAAAUGGGAAGGCUCAUGUCGUAACGGAUGUGCAGCAAUCACUGGAUAACGCAGCAGAUAAUCCCGCAAGCGACGGCGCAUCCAGCGAAGCAGCUAGCGAUCCCUUCACACAACCUGGCCUUGUUGGUUUUGGAGGUUUCCCCGGUUCCAGUCCCGCGUUCUCAGGACAAGGUUUUCCCACAUCUACUGUGCCUAUUUCGGUUUAUGUUGGACAGUAUCCAAUUUAUCCUGGAGAAGGUUUUCCCGGACAAAGCUUUUCUGGACAAGGCUUCCCUGGUCAAGGCUUUCCUGGUCAAGGCUUCCCUGGACAAGGCUUUUCUGGUCAAAGCUUCCCUGGACAAGGCUUUCCUGGACAAGGUUUCCCUGGACAAGGCUUCUCUGGCCAAGGCUUUUCUGGACAAGGCUUUCCUGGGCAAGCCUUUAGUGCUCCGGGAUUCCCUGGACAAGGCUUCCCUGGACAAGGCUUUCCUGGACAAGGUUUUUCUGGACAAGGCUUCCCUGGACAAGGCUUCCCUGGACAAGGUUUCCCUGGACAAGGCUUUUCCGGCCAAGGUUUCCCUGGAGGCUUUCCGGGUGUGCCCUAUCAAACAAGCAACCAGGAAUCCGGCUAUGAUGUCCGUGACCAAAAAACGCGUCUCAUUGCCAGUGAUACCAUUUACGGAGAAAACGGUGGUUAUGUCUACGACAAACCGAAAUAA